CAUACAGUCUUUAUAACUAUUAAAUUGAUCAAUCCGCCUUGAAUCAAAUCAAGCACUUUUAAAAACAGAUCAUACUACAAACAAACGUAGCGUCUCCAACCCAUGACGUCUUUCUAGCUAUCAAAAAAGGUUAUAGCCUGCUGAGCUAAAGGAAAUAUUAAAUUUAGGCAGUGUAAGGUUUCGGUAAUAUUUUGAGAAAGCUGUUUUCGAGAAAGCUCGAUCAUUCAGAUGUCGUGAUGCCUCUCAAAGACCGUUCUUUUCAAAUAAGCCCCGGCACAGUUCUAAGUGUUUUCUGUUUGCUUCUUUACUCCGCUGGAUUCAUUCGAAUUGAGACCAAGUUCGAUGAUUAUGAACGAAGGUUGAAGACAGUGGAGGAAUUGAUUCCUCAAGAUCAAAUGAUGCAAUUGAGGACGGAUUUUGCUCCGACUGAAAAAGUAGUCCCCACCACCCCUACCGAGCUUGAAGUCCAUCGACAGAAACGCAGUAUUUCACAUCCAUCUCCUAUUAAUGACUCGGCUGGGAUUAGAAAAAUGAUAGAAGACAUUGUUUCAUCCACUUGGAAGAUUGUCCACAACAAAGCUGCUUCGAAUGCUUGUCCCCGUGGCCUUCCCGGACCUCCGGGAAGUGCUGGACCCAAAGGUGACAAAGGAAGAAAAGGACGAAAAGGAUCUCAGGGAGUAAUGGGAUCACCAGGAGAAGGAGGAAAACAAGGAAUCAUGGGACCACCGGGGAUAAGAGGAGAAAAAGGAAUACAAGGUGACAUUGGGCCACCGGGUAUUCUGGGUAUCCCAGGGACUAAAGGUGAACCAGGUGCACCUAUUGCAAGACCAAAAGUGACAAUUUCUCCCCCAAAACUUAAUGUUAACGAAACCAAUACAGCCUCGCUCCUAUGCUCUGCUUCUGCAAAUCCUGCAGCUCAGAUAUCUUGGUCAAAGACUGAUGGAUCGUUACCUAACAACAGGACCAUAGUGACGUUUAAUGGACUUAUGCAGAUAAGCAAUGUGCUUCUCGAGGAUUCUGGCACAUACAAAUGUGUGGCGAAAAAUAUCCUGGGAGAAGAUGAAAAAGUUUCAAGUGUCGUCGUACACAGUCGUCCGAAAGUCACACUCUCAUUUGGUCCAACAUACGUUGAAAAGGGUAAGAACAUCACUUUACCAAAAUGUCACGUUAUUAGCUCUCCUCCAGCAGUAAUCACGUGGUCUAAAGUGCACGGUGAGUUGGCAAAAUCCAGGACUGUUUCAAAGGAUAGGCAGCUGUUGAUAGUUUAUGCCCAAAAGCUGGACUUUGGUUUGUACAAGUGUACAGCAUCAAAUACAUUAGGAUAUGAUUCUGCUGUUACGUCGCUCGCUGUUGUAGUAUUGCCUAAGUUUAUUGUAACUCCACCCACAAAGGUAAUAGAGAUCAUCAGCUACAAUAUCACUGUCCCCUGUAAGGCCAGUGGAGACCCUCAACCAAAAAUCACCUGGGUCAAAGAGAAUGGAGAGCUGCCAGUUGGACGAUCGCAGGUUAGUGAAGAUGGAACACUGAAAAUAUUAAACUCUAAGAAAGAGGACGCGGGAAGAUAUGUAUGUACAGCAGCCUCGAACCAAGUGAUCGCCAAGGCAGUGAGUACAGUGGAAUUAUCUAUUGUCAAAGGGGAAUGUGGGCCUGUUGGUGUGGCAGAUAAUAAUAUAAUUCCAGAUGCCAGAAUAACAGCAAGUAGUUUUUACAGUAUCAAUUAUCAUCCAUACUACAGCAGACUCAACGAAAGUAGGGGGAGCGGAGCGUGGUGUCCUAGGCAUCCAUCUACUACAGCAAACUAUCUUCAAGUUGAUAUGGGUGAAGUGCGUUUUAUUUGUGCUGUAGCUACACAAGGAGAACGGGCGACAUCUGAAUGGACCACCAGCUACAAACUACAAUUAUCUACAGACGGUACAAUUUGGAAUACUUACGAGGAGACGAAUAUUGAAAAGGUGUUCCCAGGAAACUCAAAUGAGAACAGCAUUGUAAAGCAUUCACUCAGAAAUAAAUUCAAAGCCAGAUACGUUCGCUUUUAUCCUGUAACAUACAAUAGUUACCCCUGUCUAAGGGUUGAAAUAUUUGUGCUAAAGUAAUACAUCAAAUAUGUCAAUUCAUCCAUCAGCCUAAAAACUGAAAGAAAACUGUCAAAUUAAUAAUGGCAACUGAACUGAGUGGAGUGCAAUU